UUGGGAGGAGGGGUGUCUUUAAAUUCGCCCUGUGGGUUUUGAGUCUCUCGGAUGUGUUUGGCUCGUGGUUUUCAAGGGUUUUUUCGGCAACCAGAGAAACUUCCUUUAGAUGAGAAUCCAAGCUUUUUUGUUUGACUCCAGGAGCUGGGACCUUUAGAAGAAUACCAAAUAGGGCAAGAUUUGUCAUAAAAUCACAAGAGUUAGCAACACUGCUAAGGUUCCUCCUGCUGCUAUUUCUUGCCCCACUGAGAUGAUGAGUUCCCACUCAACAUUUGUUAUCCUUAUAGAUGAGGAAACUAACCUAGAGGUGACCAAGGAAACUGAGCCAAAAAAUAUUCAUAGCUAUUUCUCCCAAUGGGUGACUUUUUUGCUUGCAAUCUUCUUUCUUUAUCAGUUUGUUGGUGCUGCUCCAUGUUCUACAGAAGAAGUUACCUUUGUGCUAACUUGAUUUUUACCAUUGAAGAUGAAGCAAGACUCUUCUCGAAACGCUACCUACACUGUGGAUUGUGAGGAUUAUGUGCAUGUGGUGGAAUUCAAUCCAUUUGAUAGUGGAGAUGUAGGUUCCCUAAUUGCAUAUGGUGGCAAUAAUUAUGUAGUUAUUGGGACUUGCAGAUUUCAGGAGGAGGAUACAGAAGUGGAAGGAAUACAGUAUGAGACACUAAGAACGUUUCAUCAUGGGAUCAGAGUCGAUGCCAUAGCAUGGAGUCCAGAAACCAGACUGGAUGCUUUACCUCCCCAGAUAAGAUUUUGUACUGCAGCUGCUGAUAGGAAGUUAAGGCUAUUCACUUCAGAUCUCCAGGAUAAGAAUGAAUAUAAGAUCUUUGAUGGCCACUCAGAUUACAUUAAUGAUCUGGUAUUUGCCCCUAAAGAAGGUCAGGAUAUUGCAAGUGUGAGUGAUGAUCACACAUGCAGGGUUUGGGACUUGGAAGGAAAUCAAAAGGCAUAUUUUGUUCUACGUUCCCCUGGAAUGAGUGUGUGCUGGCAUCCUGAGGAGGCUUUUAAGUUGAUGGUAGCAGAGAAGAAUGGAACAGUACGAUUCUACGAUCUCAUUACCCAGCAGGCCAUUCUGUCUCUCCAGUGUGAACAAAUGCCAUUGAUGUCUGCACAUUGGUGUUUAAGAAACACCCUUAAAAUUGGAGCAGUUGCUGGAAACGAUUGGUUAAUCUGGGAUAUUACUCGCUCCAGUUAUCCACAAGAUAAGAGACCUGUCCAUGUGGAUCGAGCCAGAUUAUUCAGGUGGUCCAGAGUGAAUGAAAACUUGUUUGCAACCACUGGCUAUCCAGGAAAGAUGACUUGCCAGCUUCUAGUUCAUCAUUUAGGACACCCUCAGCCCAUUCUUAUUGGCUCUGCAGCUGUGGGAUCCGGUUUGACCUGGCAUAGGACUCUUCCAUUAUGUGCAGUUGGUGGAGAUCAUAAACUUUUCUUUUGGGUGACAGAAAUGUAAAAUAAAUGUCUGCUCUGAUUAUUAAAUUCUCAAAUAUUGUCCCUUUUUGUAGUAAAAAGUGAAUAGAUUUCUUCAUUCUUGUAUAUUAAUAUUUAUUGGAACACGAAUAAAAUAACCAAAACACAUGAAUCUCAAGUUGAAUCCCUUUUGCUUGUUUUUAGAUGACAAUUACAACAAGAUUUGUUAAAGCAAAUACUAUGUUUGAGAUAGUGGUGUGACUUUCAUAAUAAAACAUAAGUAUCUUUUUUCACAAUA